AGAAGCAGAAGGAGAAAGAAAACUGAAAUUAAAGCACCUAGCUCACUGAAUUAAGCAGGGAUAGUGAGACACAGAGAUCGGAGGAGUUUUGAGCUUAACCCUAAUUUGUGACGCUCCUUAACACCAACAUUGCAUUGUUGUAGAGACUAGAGAGAGAAGGGGCUAUGGGGAAGAUGAUGCUGUGCACGCUGGGCAUCUCCCUCUGCUUGUUCUCCAUCAUACCUUCCGCCUUCGGAAUCUGGCUCACCUUGCCGUCUUCUGGCACCAAAUGCGUCUCCGAAGAAAUCCAAACCAACGUCGUCGUUUUAACCGAUUACAUCGUCAUUCCCGAUGGCUCUUCCCUUCAACCCUCCAUCGGUGUCAAGGUGACAUCACCAUAUGGAAACAAUCUUUAUUACAAGGAGAAUACAACACAUGGUAAUUUUGCAUUUACAACUCAAGAAACUGGGAACUACCUCGCAUGUUUCUGGAUUGAUCCCCAUUAUCAGGGAGCUAAAGAGGUCAGUGUGAGUCUUGAUUGGAAAACUGGAAUUGCAGCCAAGGAUUGGGAGUCGGUUGCCAGAAAAGAGAAGAUUGAGGGAGUUGAACUUGAGCUGAGAAAGCUAGAAGGAGCAGUAGAGGCCAUCCAUGAGAAUUUGCUUUAUUUGAAGGGCAGGGAAGCAGAGAUGAGGGCUGUGAGUGAAAGAACGAAUGCCAGGGUGGCAUGGUUUAGUAUAAUGUCCUUGGGCAUCUGCAUCGGAGUUUCGGGUUUGCAAUUGUGGCAUUUGAAGAGAUUCUUCCAGAAGAAGAAGCUAAUCUAAACUGUGCUAGUGUUAGCUUAAUAUCAUUAGUGAAACAAAGAAAGGUAUAAUAAUAUAUAAGCGUUUCCAUCAAGUAUACUCACAAGUUGUAGCUGGAAAGAUUUUGAUAACAUAUGUAGCGUUUCCAGAUCUUCUUAUACACAAGUUCCUUUUUUAUUUUCAAAAUUAAUGCUUUAUGCUAUAUGAAUAUGAUAUAAUUAUACUGGAUUAUGUUACAUGAUAUGGUUUAUGAGAACUGUUAGACAGAAGGGAAAUAACACAGCACAAACCCUUUAAGGGUCAGAGUGAGAGCAUGACAACAAUUGCAGACUUCACUCUUGUUGAACCUCAUUACUAUGAUGCUAACCUUGUAGAUGGAUUCAAUUUGCCUAUAGCAAUAGCAGUGAAAGUGAAACCUGUUAAUGGCACUGGAAAUUGCUUUGAGGCAGAGUUGGCUGGCAUUAGAGGCAGAGCAUUGUAUUGAUUAAACAAAAAAUAUUACAGGGCCACCAAAAAUCAGUUACCAAAUAUUUUUGUCUAUAUACAUAUGUUGUUUUAUACGUUUUUAAUGUAUAUUUUGUAUUGCGCCAUGUAUUUUAUAC